AUGAGUGUAUCAUUAAAGUUUCGAAGCUUAUUUAUAACUUUCGUGAUUUGCUCCACGUUCUUGAGAGUUGAAUCAUUUACUCCUAAAGGACGCUUAGCACAUUCCUCCGUCCUUGUAGAAGAUAAGCUUUAUUUUUUUGGCGGAGCAGGUAGUGGUACAAAUAUAGAACUAUCUCAAAUCGCAAGAGAGAUUUUUUAUCUUGAUGUAUCUAAACCAUUUGAUAUUAAAAUUCCAUCCUGGACUGAACUCAGUAAUAUUCCAUUUGGAAGUAUAUGGGCAACUGUUGUAUCUAAUAAUAUAAAUAACGAUCCAAAUAUUUAUUUAUUUGGAGGCUUUAUGGUAGAUAAUGAUUUAGUUGAUUCAUUUUCUUCGAUUAUACAUCGUUUUAAUGUAAAUUCAUCAACAUGGAAUAUACCUCCUGUUGGAGGAAUUUCACCUGAAAGACGAAGAGAAACUAAGGCUGUUAAUAGUGAUGGAAAGUUAUAUAUAUUUGGUGGAAGUUCUGAAAAAUACUUGGGUUCACCAACAAUCAAAUUUUUUAAUGACAUGAACAUCUUUGAUACCGUCGGAUUAUCAUGGUUAAUUAUUUCUCAAGUUGACGCACCUAGAAAGCGUGCUUCAUAUACCGCAACAUUGUUACCGAAUGGGUUCAUUGUAUAUAUUGGAGCAAAACCUAUAAUAAUUGUCAUUGCGACAAUUAGUGCAAUUAUAGGAACUGGUAUCCUUUCUAUUUUUGGAAUUUUUAUUUAUAAAUGGCAAAGAUCUAGAAUGGAAUGUAGAGAGAAUCUACUUGUUAUUCCUGGUUCUGAAAGCAAUAACAGUCAUAAUAAGUUACCAGUUGCAGCUGAAUAUAAAAUAUAG